CAUAUAUUGGUGGGAAAGUGAUUGAAAAGACGGAACAAUGUUAAAUCGAAACAAAUCUAAAACGCAACCACCAGCCUGCAGAUGCACUCAAGAUCAGUUUCCUUUCGAUUUUUACUACUUGCAUUCUGUAAUGGAGUGGACCCAACCUAAUGAAUUCCACACUCCUCAGCUUUCUAUCAAGGAUGUCAACCAGCUAAACUUUGAUUACGUGCAGGACAGUAUUCAAGAUGAACAAGAUCGAAGUCUUAAAGUGCG